AGUUCACAUUCUAAUCAAGGAUAUUCAGAGAUUGAAAAACGUAUUCUCAUGGUUAAGUGUUUCUCUGUUCUACUUUCCCUCCAUGCUGGAUUAUCUAGUAAGAAACAUAAUGACAAAAUAGGAGUAAAGUGUAGUUGUUGAUUUUCUCUGAAGAGAGCUCUGCACUACCAAGUUAUGACAUGGUGAUUGGGAUCUUGUCGGCAAGAGGCAAUAAUGAACCCCGUCAAGCACUCAGAGAAACAUGGGUUGGAUAUGUCCUAAACCACCCGGUCUUACAGAAAAGGGUGUUAAUCAAAUUCAUUGUUGGUGAUAAGCCAUGUCACAUACCACCUCAGGACAGACUGGACCAGUACUCUUGUGAGCCUGAUACCUUAGUUGACCCAGUGCUUGAUCAAGAUAUCAUAGCGUACAGGGUCCCUAAGGGUGCUGUUGGAUUCCACAUUUACCAAGGACCACUGGGAAUGGACUUUAGAGUGAAUUUGCCCAUUGUUGUUACCCAGCUUGGAGUAUUUGACAGCAAUUCAGAUGGAUUUAGAGGUGGCUUAACAGCUCAUCUUUAUGACAGGAUAUCACAAAAAGAAGUCUUGAGUGUUAACUUCACCCCAGAAGACCCUGGAGAGUUAGUCGGGGGCAGCAGAUUCAAGGCAGUCGAUCACUUUGUCCUGCCCAAGGGGUUUGAAGGUUCCAUUGUUGCAGAAAACUUCAGUUCAUCUGAUCCAAGCAGUAACAAUCCCAUGAUGCAUGGUGGCCUGGACAAUGGUGGAGGCCUGAUUUCUUUUCACAGAAUUAGUCGAUAUGGCGUUGAACAGGGGGUGUUUCCUGGGCACGAGGAGAGAGUCUUUGAAGAGAACAACCAGUAUGGUGCUGGAACGUUUUUAUAUCGUGCUUACGUCGCAGAUGGUGACUUCUCAAAAGAAAAGUUAGAGGAAAGAAGGAAACAUGCGAAAGAGAGAAAGGAAAUGUGGCGCGGAGUACUGUUACGAGAAGAACAAGAACUACAGCGUGAGCUGCGGGCACAUGAUGACAUACUGAUGGUGGAUGUUGUUGAUGUUUACCGCAAUCUUCCCAAAAAACUGCUCAAAUUUUACAACUGGAUUGUAAUGAAUAUGCAGUUUAACUUUACUCUGAAGACAGACGAUGACUGUUUCGUUGAUGUGGAAGCAAUCAUCAAGGAACUCAGUGACAUGAAACUACGUGGAAAGGAACGUAUCUGGUGGAGCAGGUUUCGUGCUGAUUGGCCGGUGGAGCGCGUGGGAAAAUGGCGGGAACUUGACUACACGGCUCCAGUGUACCCGACGUUCGCUUGUGGCGCAGGAAAUGUUCUGUCCGCUGACCUUGUGAAAUGGCUGGCGCUAAAUGCAGUUCACCUUAAACAAUAUCAGGGUGAAGACGUGUCGGUAGGCAUCUGGCUUUCAGCGGUGGGACCUAACUUUGUCAAAGAUUACCGUUGGUCUUGUGGACGCGAGUGUGAUACCGGAACCUUUACCUCUCCAGAAAACGAUCCCGAGGAGCUAAGAGAGAUGUGGACUGAUCUGCAGACGUGUGGAGACCCUUGCGGUUGUUCUUAGUGCAUCAUUUGGAUUCCUGACUUGAGAACUACAAGCAUGAGUAAAGUCUAUCGAACAACAAGACAACAGCACCUUUAGAGUCGAUUCUAUGAAGAAGUUGUUUCCAAAUGGACGUAUGAAAGUGAAGAAUGAUCAUCGCAGCAAAUUUUCCAAUUUAAGCAAUUGGAAAGAAGA